GUUGCUUGAAGCUUUGUUCCCCUUAGAACUAGUCUGCACUUGUGAUUCUCUGACAGCCAUGCAUCCACCCACAACACCGUUUGAGCCAACGCCUCCGGUUUCAAUCGCGCUCAAGUCAGACAUUGAGAACCUGAAGCAUGCUAUAGAGCAAGCCAAGCUUGGAGCUAGCGAAGGAGGCGUGUCGAUCGGUGGUGCUGUGGUAGACAAGGAUGGAAAUGUACUCGGUGUGGGGAGGAACAAACGUGUGCAGGAGAAGAGCGCUAUCUUACAUGGGGAGACAGAUUGCUUGAACAACAUCGGGCGACUCCACGCUUCCAAAUACGUAGGCGCAACGAUGUACACGACGCUUAGUCCGUGCACGAUGUGCAGUGGUGCUGUCGUACUGUUUGGCAUCAGCAGAGUGGUCAUGGGCGAAAACAGUACAUUUGUGGGUGGUGAGGACUUUUUGAAGUCAAGAGGAGUUGAAGUUGUAAAUCUCGACCUGGAUGAAUGCAAGCAAUUAAAGAAGAAUUUCAUCGACAAAUAUCCUGAAAUCUGGAAUGAAGAUAUCGGAGAGGAAUAAUACGAGUAAUAAU